AUGGCUUUGCGCUGCUACUCCAUAAGUCGAGACUCCUGCAGACGUACCCAAUCCGGAUCACUCAACCUCGACAUCGGCACGAUGCUGAGAUCUUCUGUGAAAAGAAGGCGUACUGUCUAUGAGUCUGUGUCUCCCCAGGGCUCUACCAACGCCAGGCUGGCAACGCAUGGCUCCUCACAGCCCGACGAUGAACUAGAUCAAGUCAUCGUAGCCAUCGAUAGCCGGGAAUCUGGAACUGUGGGAUGCUCCUACUGCUCUGUCCGAGAAGAGAAGCUCUACCUGCUGGGAGACUUACGACACUCAGACUCCGAAGUUAUCGACAGCUGUAGCGGGUCUUUACUCCCAUUCCAGCUAGACAUCCGUCCAUCGCAGGAAUUCGGCUACGAGAACGCAAAGAAUAAGCUGGUGGCUCUGGGGAUAUCCUCGAAGCACGAGCAACGGAUGCGGUUCCUCGUGCCACACAAUGGGUUCGCUGACAGUGAACAGAUAGACUCCGAGAGCCUGGACUUCACCCUGCAAGAAGGCAAGCUGCUGCACAUAUCGAGCUCGAUCGAGAUGGAAAACACGGUGACGAUCGGCUGCGCGGGCGCUCUCCUCAACCUGCAACGGCGAAGAGCCUCUGCCUUUAUAGCUACCAAUCAGGCUUCGGAGACAUAUCGGGUGACAUCUGUGGAGAUGUUCAGCCUGCUGGAAACGAUGUUCGUUAAUAAGAGGACUCUCUCAUCGCUUCAGAUCAUGGAGUCAGAAUCCCAUCCUAGCAUGGUUAACCAAGGCAGAAAGUCCAACUUCUCCAAAGAGGGUUUAUCGGUCUAUGGUCUGUUUCAGCGCUUCGCGCGUACACCCCAGGGCAAGAAUCGACUGAAGCAAAUGUUUCUUCGUCCUAGCGUAGAUGUCGAUGUCAUCCAGGAACGGCACGCCCUGAUUAGCGUUUACCUAAGAGCCGACAACUACAGUUCUCUGGAGAAAUUGACCAAGAAUUUCAAGCACAUCAAGAACUUGCGCUAUGUCAUGGUGAACCUGCGCAAGGGCAUCGAGACAGGUAGUGGGAAAGUCAUGGGUUUCAAAACGACGGCUUGGGCUUCGUUGCUGGCCGCUAUUCGUGUCUUCGAGGCAGCUCAGCUAUACAGGGUGGGAAGAAUGAUUCAAGAAAUUGUCGACAUUGAUAGCUCGGAGGAACAAGGAAGAACGGUCGUAAAGCCGGGGAUCGAUCGAGCACUCGACCGAAUGAAAGACAAUUAUGAUGGGCUCAACAGCCUGCUCAAGAGGAUCGCUAGAGAGAUUGCUGGGGAGAUUCCUGAGUUCUAUGGUAUCGAUGUGAACGUUAUCUAUUUCCCCCAGCUCGGCUUCAACAUCGCGAUACCAUUGAACCAGGCGGGUGAUGCCGCAUACAGGGGUCCAGAAGAGGAAUGGGAUCUCAUGUUCUUCACAGAGAACAGGGCUUACUUCAAAGACUUUAGAAUGAGAGAACUGGACGAUAAACUAGGCGAUAUAUACGGUCUCAUAUGCGAAAAGGAGAUCGAGAUAGUGUACGAUCUCGCGCAAAGGUUGCUCCGGUAUGAAAGAUAUCUGCUCGAGGCAUCUGACAUUUGUGGCCAGCUUGAUAGCCUCCUUGCAAUGGCUCAAGCAGCAAAUUUCUAUAAGCUCGUCUGUCCUAAAAUGGUGCCUGAGAACAUUAUCAAGAUAAGAGGUGGUCGACACAUCUUGCAGGAGUUGACGGUUUCCUCGUAUGUGCCAAACGACACCUAUUUGAUGGGUGGAAACCCAUCAGGUUGCCUAGCCAUUUCAUCGAGCCAGACAUGCCAAGACAGCCCCGAUGAGACGAAUGACGAGCAUGGCCCAAGCAUGCUUCUCUUGACAGGACCGAACUAUUCAGGAAAGAGUGUGUACAUGAAACAAGUUGCUCUGAUUGCCUACCUUGCGCAGAUCGGAAGCUUCGUGCCAGCAGCCAGCGCAGAGCUUGGGAUAACCGACAAGAUCAUAGUCAAAUCGAGUACUCAAGAUAGCGUCUCGCAGAUUCAAAGCACCUUCAUGCGCGACCUGCAACAAAUCUCCUUCGAUCUAAAGCAAAUCACUGACCGCAGCUUGCUAAUCAUUGACGAAUUCGGCAAAGGCACCAGCGAAAACGAUGGCAUUGGUCUAGCCUGCGGUAUCCUCACACACCUGCUUGAUCUCGAACACUCACCAAAAGUCAUCGCUGCCACGCACUUCCACGAAAUCCUCGAGAACGGCUUUCUAAGACCCAGACCCCAGCUACAAUUAGGACACAUGGAGGUCCAAGUAUCCGACUCAUCACAUAAGACUGAAGACCAGAUCACCUACCUCUACAACUUCCGACCCGGACGAAGCGAUAAGAGCUUCGGAACAGUCUGCGCUGCGAUGAACGGUAUCAGUCAGGCUGUUGUGGACCGGGCGACCGAAAUUGCGGCCCUCUCGGCGCGUGGUGAGAACUUGAUCGCAGCGUGCGCUACGCUCUCGGCUGAGGAGAUGCGCGUCCUGGAACAAGCGGAUACGCUCGCGAGGAAGUUCGUGGCCCUAGAUCUUUCGGAGUAUGAUGAGUCGAUUGAUGUCACGGAUGUGCUCGUGAAAUUGAUUGAGAAUUCGUAG